AUGUCUGUUCGCCCGUGUCUUCUCACUCCCCACACAGGCGAGAGGUCGAAACCCAAACAGCUAAACUGGGUCAGAGGCCUCACCGUCAGGCGGUGGUUUCAGACUGCGAAAUGCACCAUCCGCCUUUACUUCGAGGUGCCCUUCGACUCCAACAUGAACCGCACAAAGAACCGCCCCCUCGUCAGAGGGCAGAUCAGUCCCCUUCACGCGGUGUCUUUCGCCCUGGCCUGCGGCGUUCCCGGCGUGGCCCUGCUCACCCUGGCGGUGAACCCGCUGACCGGCUUCCUGGGCGCCCUCAACAUCGUGCUCUACACCUGCUGCUACACGCCUCUCAAGCGCCACAGCAUCUCCAACACCUGGGUGGGGGCGGUGGUGGGAGCCAUACCCCCCAUGAUGGGAUGGACGGCCGCCACGGGCUGCCUGGAGCCGGGUGCUUUGUUGCUGGGUGGCUUCCUGUACAGCUGGCAGUUCCCCCACUUCAACGCCCUGAGCUGGAACUUGAGGGAGGACUACUCCCGCGGCGGCUACCGCAUGAUGUCCGUCACCCACCCGGCCAUGUGCAAGCGGGUGGCCCUGCGCCACAGCCUGGCCCUGAUCGGCCUCUCCGCCCUGGCCCCGGCGCUGGACCUCACCACCUGGACCUUCCCCCUGGUCUCCCUGCCCAUCAACCUGUACAUCAGCUACCUGGCCUUCCGCUUCCACCACAAGGGCGACCGCGACAGCGCCCGCAAGCUCUUCUUCUGCAGCCUGUGGCACCUCCCCAUGCUGCUGCUGCUGGCGCUCACCUGCAAGACCCGCAGCCGGCGCCAGGAGGACGCCGUCGCCACGGCGACCGCGGCCCCGCCGACCACGCCCACGGCCGCUUAG